AUGUUCGUCUCCAUCUGGACGCUCUUUAUUGCAUUGGCCGCUGCGAGUCCAGCCGCACUGUCACCCCGGCAGUCACCAGACUACGGAACUGUGAACUUCUUCUGGGACACCGGUUGCACGCAGCCUGCAGGUACCGAAUAUCCUGCGAACAAUGUUGUCCAGCCCGGUCCGGCCGGCGUGGCAAGUAUGCAAUGGGUCCAAGUGACUUGCACCAGCGUCUUGUGUACAACGAGCCCCACCCUCUUUGCCUGCGCCGAUGCCAACUGCAACCAAGCUCGGAUUGUCCGGGUCGGCCAGUGUACGACAUACCAGACUGGGGUCUGGGCAUUCUGGCAACGCGAAUCGGCUACAGGCGCAGGCACAGGCACACAGCCCCCUCCAAUGCCGCCCCCUCCCCCUCCUGCGAGCCCGUGCAAUCCUUUCCCGUUUAUGCCGCCUGCGGAUGAGAUAGACGGGCGGUAG